AGGCGCGAACUACGAAGAAGGUUUUGCUCUGUAUUGGUGGACACUUGAGAUCCCUGUCAAUCAGUUCACUACAGCAUGUAGUGGAUUUCCUGGUCGCUGGAUGGUGUGUUUGCUGCUUAUCUGCUCUGGACUGGACUAUGAAGGGCCGCAGUCAGGCAGACAAACGCUGCCUGAGGAACCAAGCAAACAAACAGUGCAAACACCAGCCACGUGAGUGUUGUGAGACCGAACGUAAAAGGAAGGUGGUGGGAAGAGGCAAAAUACAAGGCAGAAGGUCGACGUUCCUCUUGUUCCUCGCGCUUUCCUCCUAUUCCACAGCAAGUCCACGUUGCAGUCCUAGCUCUCCAUCAAGAUCACAGAGGGCUCCCCCUGUUCCUGGACCGUGGUUAACGGGAAGUCUGACUGAGGCUCUCUGCGGUCUUCUCGCACACCAGGCAGUCAGUCGUCUUAUUGUCUUGAGCAGGUCGACUUUUCGUCCACCCGAGGCUUCCUGCGUCCCCUAUCCACAGGAUUCCCCUAUGCAAGCCUACCACAUUCAAUAUGACAUAUAGCGGUGCCCCGCCCGUUCUUCAGCGAGCACUGAACUCAAGAUCACAUAGGGCAAAAUCUAGGACAUGGUAGAACCAACUGUCGGAUGAUCUACCAUUUCCGAGCAUAUAAACGCCGGGGAUAGGCCAGGAGAAGCCUGAAUCGUUAGGGUUCCCUUCGACCCGAGAUCAAAACCGAUGUAUCGACGAAACCAGAGCUACGACGGAGAUCAGCAGCGUUGGCAAUGCUUCUACAAUCAAGGACUUUCU